AUGGCUGAAUUCAUUCUAACACUUAUUAUAAUUGCUCAACCGAAAGCGUUACAUCGUGAAAGAUAUUUCUGCGAAAUAGAUCGAAGUCGUAAUCGAUCACAACGUUUUAUUCGUGCUGAAGCUAAUUCAGAUCGUUUGGAAUAUCCAACAAUCGAAAUACCAAAACAAUGGGAUAGUCAAAGGUUAUAUAUUCGUGUAACUCUAGUAACCGUAUGCAGUGAACAAGUGCCUGUGACAUGCGUACAUCCUUAUCCAAUUGAUACUUCAGAAUUAAAUGUUAUUAAAGACGUAGCAAAAAAUACACUUUAUUUUCCAAUAUCAGAAGAAGAAUUAAAUAAUGGACGCAAGAGUUUUCGAAUUAUUCGUAGAAAAUUAACUCAACAGGAACUAAGAAAUUACGGACAAUUAUCUCUUUUGAAUACAGAUGAAAAAGAUAUUCGACGUACAGAUGAUCCAUAUGAUGUUCGAAGAAUAAUUGAUGUUUAUCAAUUAGGAAAAUCACAAUUACUUUUUUCUAUAGCUGAACUAAUUGAUGAUCAUUCAUUACCAGUUAUCUAUGAUGUAACAUCUGUAUAUUCUCAUAUAACGACUGCUAUUACAACAGCAUCUAUAAAUAAUGACGAAUCAUUUGUUAGAUGGGCACCGAAGAAAGGUUGCUGGCAAGGUGGUGAUGAUAUUUUAAUGGUAGUUCCAAAACUUGACAAGAGAAAAGUAUGUCAAGUAUAUUUUGAGUGUCUGUCAUCAAAUGAAAAAAGUCACAUUAAUUUUGAAUUUGUGGAUAUGAAAACAAUUGCAUUCAAAACUCCUCCAUGUCCUAUACAAGCAAUCGAAGAUGAAAACAUAGUAAUACCUAUAGUUAUUAGUCAAAGUGGUGAAGAAAUUGCACGUGUUAAUUUUAUGUAUCAAGCAUAUUGGAAUAAAAUUUCUGCAGAAGAUAUAGAUUUCGAUGAAAAAAAAUGGGAAGCUUUUAUUAAUUCUGAUGAAGUAUAUACUGGACAAUUUUCAAAAUCAAUCAAUACAAUAGAUACUACAAAUAUAAAUUUUAAUAAAAAAGAUAUUGUAAAAUUAUCAGUGAAUUGUUUAAAAAAAUUAACUUUUAUUAACAGCGAUAAAUUUAUUCAUACUGGUCGAUCAAUGGCAAUUCUUAUUUCACCAUCUUCUAAUCAACGUGUUCGAUAUGAAAAUGAAUGUGAAAAAAUACUUCGUUAUCUUUCUGUUCCAAAUAAAAGAACUAUGACGAUAAAAAUUCCUGAUGUUCGUGAUAUGUUUGGCAUUGAUGAUAUGAUUUGGAUGCGUAUAACACGUACAACAAUUGAUCAUCGAAAAGAUAAUCUUAUUUUUUAUCAUCCAUAUCCAACAUGGAUUAAAGAUAAAAGUGCUCGAAUUCAUAAUGGUUCAAUUUUUAUUCCAAUAACUGAUAGAGAUAUGGAAAAUGGUUUUAUUGAAAUUGAUACUAUAGCAUUAAUUAGACUUAAACAAGAUGAUUUAGCUAAGAUUAAUACAUUAGGAAUUUAUUCACGAACUCAACUUAAUUUUGUCGAUUUACAUUCGUUGGAUAUCACAACACCAAAAUGUACAAGAGAUGAAUAUAUACUUCGACAAUCAAUUUUGAAUUUUCAACUUGUUCGAAUUGAUCAAAAUAAUAUUGCAUAUCUUACUGAUUGUUUUUGUCAGACAGAAUCUAUACAUGAAAUAGAAGGUAAAAUUUCUUGUUGUUUACAAUAA